AUGACUUCAAAGUCUGAAGUUUUUCCACAACAAAUUAAACAAGGCAAGAUUGGAGGAGAAAGAAAUCAUAUCCAGAACAGAAAACUCGAAUCUGCCGCGAAUCAACCGUAUCUCGUCGAUAACUGCCGCGUCACUCGUCUCCACACGCGCGACUGCAUUCACCGCAACUGUCACCACCACCAAACUUCUGGCCGCCCACGCAUCUCAAUCGCGCCGCCGAACACGCAUCACCGCUGGCCACGACUGAGCUGUCCGCUUGAACGGCGAGUGGAUCUGCAACAACGCCCUUCACCCAACACCGAUUCCAACAGCCAACUUCGCGUACCCACUCGCGACGGCCAGCAACUGCCGAAUUCACUCUCCUCCCCACGACAACCGCCGCUCAGCCUCCAAACCGCGGCCACCCUCCGUUCGCGCAAUGGAUCUGAACCCAGCUCUCUCCUUCUGACCACCAACCGUUUCCAUUAA